AUGCCUGGGGGGUUAUGGGUGCUGCAGAGGUUCUAUAGGAGGACCGUGUCCGACCCGGCUUCCCCCGUGCAGCCUCCCGGAGGGCCGCAGCCCCGCGCCCGGCGCCUGGCGGCGCUGCUGAACCGCAGCCUGCGGGUGCGCAUGUCGGACGGGCGCACGCUGGUGGGAGCCUUCCUCUGCACCGACCGCGACGCCAACAUCAUCCUCGGCUCCGCGCAGGAGUUCCUCAAGGCUGCUGAUGCGUUCCCGGGCAGCGAGCCGCGUGUGCUGGGCCUGGCCAUGGUGCCUGGGCACCACAUCGUGUCCAUCGAGGUGGAGCGCGACGCCGCCGCCGCCCUGUGCUCCUGACGGCCCCACCGUGGGACAGAGCCCUGAGUGUUGUGCACCUCUCAUGUGCCCCAACGGGUGAUGGAUGCCUGCCAUGCAAAAUGACCGCCGGGACUGCGGUCCCCGCAGCCCCAGUAGAGCUCCCGUGGUGGUCACAUGUCACCACGUGAUGCCGUCAUUCCAGUCCCCUGCAAAGCAGGACGCAGAUGCCCCUUCCUCCCCCAAACACUCCGUUUUCAGCCUGAAACAGAGUUGUGCAGGUUAAUGUUAAUUUAAUCUCGGGUGCAAAAGGUUUCAGUGGGCAAGAGGGAACACGCAGCAGUCCUGGUCCCACCUAACUGCGAUAAAAUGCCGCGGCCAAGGGGGGUCAGGGAGGAACAGGAACAAGGAAGGGGGUGCGCAGAGGGUCUGGGGUGGCCACAGGGUUCAGCACCAUGGUAGGGAGGGGUGGGAGGGGGCCGCUGAUGGCACCAUCCCCCGGGGUUGCGGUGACACUGAGACGCAGCCCCCGACAAGUGGUGCACCCAGGGACCUGCAGCGGGAGUCAGGAACCCCAGGGUCGCCCUCCCCCCACAACAAGGCAGCCCCCGCAGCACUUCAUGUAAGGGUUAGAAAAAGAUGCAGAAAUGAUCAUUUACAAAAUAAAGAUCCCCAAAAUGCCCCUCCGGGAUAGUUUCUGGUUGAAAUCUGAGAAAGGUCUGUCAAAGCUCCCCCCGCCUCCAAGGUCCCUCUUAAUGCUUUGUGGGUGAGGACGGGGGCAGAACGCACCCCAGAGCCUCCCUGUGUCGUGGGGGCAUCAGGAACUUCUGCGAUGAGUGGGAAGGGUUGAAGACCGAUUUCUGUUAACAGCAGAAAGUCUGCGUGCUUAUGAAGAGAUAAAGCAACUUAUUUAUCACUUUAUUUCACGCUUCGUUCAAAUAUUUGACUGAAUCCUGAGUUCUGGAGCAGGUCAAACUGGGCCAGCAGUAAGCAGACAAGUACGGAAUAUUUUCCAGCAGAUCGUAACGUGUGAACCACGGGAACGGCUGUGACCUGCUGGUAGGAAGAGCACACCAGACUCCAGUCAGAACAUGAGAAUCCGGCUCUGUCCAAGUCCCAGAUGGUUGGCCAGCAGCCAGAAGGACUGAGCGCAUGUGCGCAGGGUGACGCUGCCGGUCUGUUGAGAGCAAACACGUGGCUGAAGAAUCUGAUGCUGAUCUGGUGAAAAGACUGCUAACGUGAGCCCAUGUUUAAAGACACAACCACAAACACAGGGUUGCCCCAGUGACCCCUGCCAGGGCCCACAGAUUGCACCUGCCAUGUUAAAGCAUCUCAACAACA